AUGGAACACCGACCCCUGUCUCUCGGGGAGCUGUUAAGGCAAGACUUGACACUUCCCAUCACAUUGCACGUCGUUAGAGGCUACCGAGGAUGCGACAAACUGAGAUCCGUAGAUAGCGGUGCUCGCAUACGACUUCAUUUCUACCGAGAAGAGACGGUCCUUAGGGGACGAGUAGAGCGGGGAAACCAGCAGUUGACAAUACCAUUGCACUGUGAGGAGCUCUUCGAGCUUCUCCCUUCUAUACCCGAGUUGGACGACAUGCGGUAUGAAACAGUCAGACAACUCUUGUUCGCCCACCCUAUGCCUAGCAAAGUGAGAGUGACCCAAGGAUGGAGAGGAGACAGAGACGAAAAUACAAUCCAAGAGAACGACGAGCUAGAAGAUAUAAAGAGUAUCGACGACUGCAUCCUGGGACCGUGCCUACUUGCUAACAGAGUCAUUGAGACGGAAGACCGUGUUUUGAAAAAGGAACGUGUUUGCAUUUCCUACGAGGCGGCAGCCCACUUUACUACAGAAGCGGAUCAUCGCAAGCGUUACAGAGCGAUCAAUUUGGUACACAACCAGCAGCCUCUCCCUCAACGCGUGCGCGUCCACAGCUUCAAAAGGGAGACCAGACUGCCUGCAGUUCCGGUGAAAGUAAAGUUGAUGGAAACAGCAACACUUCGAAUGGCAGUUUGUAGUGACAUGGAAAACGGUCGCCUCUUUCUUCUGCCUGAGAGUCUAGAUGACGUCCUCGUGCGUGUGCAGCUCAUGCCACCCAACACAAGAGAAGACAAGUCACAAACUCUCUAUAUGGGGAUGGAAGUAGUAUGCUUACCAAAAAUUGGACCCCAACCAUUUGACUUCAUUUUUAAAACUAGGACAGCAUCGUCCUGUAGCAAAGAAAUUCCACAGAUGUUGACAGUGCUGAUGCCCAGCUGUAAGGAUUGUGUAGGCACACCGGAAAGACACCUGCCCGACUAUAGGACAUUUGCAACACUUGGGGCUGUGGAGACCCAGGACGUGGGCACAUCAGUCGUUCACGUUAACAGUCGAGAAAGCAAAAAUGUCAUGACAAGAAAUUGUAAAUUGCAAAAUGAAUCUUUCCAAUUACAGAGUCUGCUGAAUGCGAGCGACAAGGUGGAUGUUGAAACCGACCAGUAUUAUGAGGUAGUUGAUAUGAAAGAGGAAAGUGGGUCAGAAGAUGACUGUUAUGAUUAUAUCGACAAUCCUAGAAACCUACCUGAAAUGAAGCCACAAAAUACAACAAGGUCUCUAAGCACAACAGAUACUGAUUUACAGUAUGGUUAUGUUGAUCAGGAAAUUAAAGCCAUGCAACUAAGAAAUCCACCACUACCACCUACACGUCCUCCUCAGAGCAGACAUUCCUUACAAGAACAAAAGCUGCAACAAUUAUCAGUGAUGAAAAACAAACUUGUCUCAUUGAAAAAGGAAAAUGAAAGGCUUGAGAAACAGAUAAGCAAACAAGUGCAAGUGUCCGAGCAACUGACAUCACAGGUACAAACUAUGCAGGCAGAUGGUAACCAAGACAUCAAUGAGAUUGACCCCAAGACUUUCAGUCAAUGGUUGCAAUCGUUAAGCAAUGUUCAAGUUAUUCGUCUAUUGGAAAAUCUGCGACUAGAUCGAUAUGUGAACGACUUUCUUCAAGCGGAAUUUGAAGCACACGAAUUGAGUGGGUGUGAUCGGGCGUAUCUCGAAGAUGUCGGUAUGAAACCAGCACAUGCUGUGAAGUUACUGACGGUGUUACAGGGUAGGCUGCCACCAGGAGUGCAGUGGGAAAAUUUGCUGCAAUAGAAAUUGGUCAGACGACAUUAGUUUGUAUGUUUUGUACAGUGUGGAUACAUAUACCUUAGAUACAAGAACAAGAUACUGUUUCACUUGGUCAUCGAUCAUGAUACAUUUUUACAAUAAUAGUUUCUAUGGCAACAUGUCUGCCCAUUAUCUUGAAAUAUUUUAGAAUAAUUGUUACAUUGUUUUGAUGUACUGUGAUUUGAAAAACC